GACUGACUGAGGCGGGCGGUCCUGACCGGGGGAAAAAGAAAGACUGUUACACAGAUUUGUAAUAAAUAAAUCUCGGAUAUUAACUCCGUUCGCGAAAACCAUGGCCUCUUCGGACGUUGCUCGGCAGCCGGACAAAGGAGCCCGACCCCUGUCCCUGGCAGGCCAUGUGGGCUUUGACAGCCUCCCAGAUCAACUUGUCAACAAAUCCAUCUGCCAGGGUUUCUGCUUCAAUAUUCUGUGCAUUGGUGAGACUGGCAUCGGCAAAUCCACUCUUAUGGACACUCUCUUCAACACUAAUUUUGAGAACUUUGAGUCCUCCCACUUUGAGCCUCAGGUGAAGCUACGGGCCCAGACGUACGACCUGCAGGAGAGCAAUGUCAGACUACGCCUAACUGUGGUCAACACUGUGGGCUUUGGAGACCAAAUGAACAAACAAGAAAGCUAUCAGCCAGUGGUGGACUACAUCGACAGACAGUUUGAAAGUUAUCUGCAGGAGGAGCUUAAGAUUAAACGCUCUCUUCACAACUACCAUGACUCGCGAGUCCAUGCCUGCCUUUACUUCAUCUCACCCUCAGGCCAUUCACUGAAAUCCCUGGACCUGGUCACUAUGAAGAAACUAGACAGCAAGGUGAACAUCAUCCCAGUGAUUGCCAAAGCUGACACCAUCAGUAAGAGUGAGCUGCAUAAGUUCAAGAUCAAAAUCAUGAGCGAGCUGGUCAGCAACGGCGUCCAGAUCUACCAGUUCCCCCUGGAUGACGAGACUGUGGCCAAAGUCAACACUACGAUGAAUGGUCACUUGCCAUUUGCUGUCGUUGGCAGCACGGAGGAAGUCAGCGUUGGCAAUAAGAUGGUGAAGGCUCGUCAGUAUCCCUGGGGUGUGGUACAAGUGGAGAACGAGAACCACUGUGACUUUGUGAAGCUGAGGGAGAUGCUGAUCUGUGUAAACAUGGAGGACCUGAGAGAGCAGACACAUACUCGCCACUAUGAGCUGUACAGACGCUGCAAACUGGAGGAGAUGGGUUUCAAAGACACGGACCCCGAGUGCAAACCUGUCAGUUUGCAGCAGACGUAUGAGGCCAAGCGUCAAGAGUUCCUGUUGGAGCUGCAGAGGAGGGAGGACGAAAUGAGGCAGAUGUUUGUGCAGAGGGUGAAAGAGAAGGAGGGCGAGCUGAAGGAGGCUGAACGAGAGCUCCAGAGUCGCUUUGAGCAGCUGAAGCGCCUCCAUGCAGAUGAGAAAGCAACCUUGGAAGAUAAGAAGAGACUCCUGGAUGAGGACCAGAGCUCCUUCAGUAAGAGACGUGCUGCUGCUCAGCUCCUGCAGGCUCAGAGUCUCACUGCCAAUGGCAAGAAGGACAAGGACCGCAAGAAUUCUGGCUUCAUGUGAAGACUCUGAAGUACACUCCACUAUGACCAGCAUAACCAGCGGCAUUCUGCCCACAUCCCUUCCAGCCCCUUGAAGCCAGUCUCCAAACAGUAACCAGGAAAACCCCACACGAACCAGCUGUGUGUGAGUUUGAUUAUGUGCCAAAGUUUAAUGACUGUACUCAAGAAUCCUCUGUACACUAAUUAUUUUUAAUCGUUUUAUACCUCCUUUGUGGAAUAUUUUAUAUUUAUCCUCUCCAUUUUUAUGUAAAACAAUUUUUAGUUUACCUCUCUCCUUUUUGGUGCCCACCGACUGAGGGACACUUCAGUGGAUUGAGCCUCAUAAACCUUCUUAGUAGUAGUAGAUGCUGAACACUUACAAAUAAUACACAUACAAAUAAUACAGUCUGUGGGACAUUUUACCUAUUUGUAUGUGUUAUGUUUCCUAACAUACCAAACUAGUCUUGUGACUUUCCUAAUGCGACAGUCUGUAACACAUGCUGUGCUGUGUUUGUAAUUUAUUAAAGGGCUCUUUUCAGCCAUUAAGUUAACUUAACAGUUACUGCAAAUACCAGAAGACUUGUUAAAAUGAUCAAAACAUCUACAUACUGUUCCCUUCCAUCGGGGAGGAAUACAGUACGAGCACUGCGACACGUUCAAACAUUUUGUGUGUUUUAGUGACAAAUGUGCCAUUAAUUCAAAUGAAUUCCAGCAAUGUCACACAGUCCAUGUCUGUAAGGGCGCUUACGUUGUUUUUGUGAUAAUUCCUGAAGUUGUAUUUAAUGCAUUCAUCUUUGUCAGCUGUCAUACACAUGGUCACAGGGCAUUACAACUUCUUCUCUUGGUCUGUUUUGUAUUACUUUUUUUUCUUCUUAUCUCGCCUUGCUAUUAUCAGCCUUUAAUAUGAGCCCACCUGCAUUUAAAAAAACAAAAAAGAGGAAAAACUCUGCAGGAGUCACUGACGCUUUUGUCACUACUCCAAGGAGAAAUAUUUACGUCUGUAAGUUGAACGUAUUGUGUCCAAUCACAGGUUUUUUAUCACAAGGUGAGGCUGAGGCUUUGCUUUGGAUUAGGUACAUGUUACAUCAUAUUUAUAGAUAUAUAUGUGUGUGUAUAUAUAUAUAUAUCUCAAUCACUUUAUUUGCUUCCUUAUUUUUCCUGCUGACACAAACAGCUGAAGUCUGCAAACCGUGAAAAAGAGCUGACUUGUGUGUGGGGGGGGGGGAAGGAAAUCAUAUCAAGUCAGUGUGUCCUUGAGGAGUAAAGGAAGAAGAGUAGGAUUCAUUUGACUACAAUGAAAGUGUUUUUUAAAAUUCACUCGUCCCUGAAGUCUUGAUUAGACUUUGUUUUUACACCUCAUAGUCUUUUACAGUACAGACUAGUAAAGUGGGACACCGGUGCUGCCUGAUACUUUGGUCCAGGGCAAGAGUGACCUCUGAACCACCAACGUCUAAUCACAUAUGCUGCCAACUUUAUAUUCACACUAGUGCAUAACAUAUUUUUGGUGCCUUACUUUUAGGAAUACACUAUUCACCCUAGACAUCCAGGGAGCACGCCAAUGCCUAAAGGAGUAAAGCUCACCUGAGACACAUAUGUAUUACACACAUAUUUAAGUAAUAAACAGUGUUAUUUGGGAGCGUGUUUUUUUUUCCUUCUUCCUAAAUAAAUCUUUGUAUUUUUGUCAUGA